UCGGAACAGAAUAAGUCCCGCCUGUUUGCGCAGAGGCGGGACUGCAGAGCCGACUGAAGUAACUUCUCUGUUGGCAUAAAACUUCAAAUACUUCUGAGCAGGGCGACAGAGAAGAAAACCCACAAGACUAAAGAUGGACUGGUUUCACUGUAAUCAGUGCUUCACAAGGAGAGGGUCCAAGUUUGCUGUGUCCAGCUGCGGCCACAUCUGCUGUGAAGCAUGCAUCAAAUCUAAGCAGUGCAGUGUAUGUGGGGCCAGCUGCAGUUAUCUGCCCAUCACAGAUGAGAUGAAGCCACAAGAAAAGGUGUUUUUCAAGGACCCUGUGAAGCUCAUCCAGUCACGGCUGGAGCACAUUUCACAGAUUGCGCUUUUUCAACGGACACAGAUGGAGAGAGUCACGGCACACUUCAAACAUAAAUCUGUUAAGCUGGAAAGGCAUCUGAAGGAAGUCACUGAGCAGGGUUACAGGCAACUCUCUGAGCUGAAAAGAGAAAACGCUGACUUGAAAAAGCAGCUUUCAGAGCUGAAAAGAGAGACUGCUGACUUGAAAAAGCCACUUUCUCAGCGGCGGGUUUCUCCAGGACCGUUUCAAAUCGAUGGUAAUCAAAGGAUGUCACUCCCUGUGGCUGUCACCUCCCCAGUUACCCCUCGUUCAAGAACUAUGAGUUACUUCGGCUCAUCGGAGUCUCAGGGCUGGGCCAGAGACAGAGGUCCCAGUCUGUCCUCCCUCACAACUCCUGGAUCAGCUACCCCUAUUUCCAGCCAUAGUUCUCUUCAUGAACACUUGCACAGAACGCCCACAUCCUUCAGCACUCCUACAAGAACUCCCCGUCAGACUCCUAAUGUCUUCCAGUUCCCGUUUAUGAGUGGAUUAUCAAUACAGUCACCCCGACGUUAAACAAAUGGCCCCUAACAAUGCUGUGGAUAUUUUUGUCAGUUAUCCAGAUGUGUUCAUCAGGACUGUUAGGUCUUCGUUGGGG